CUACAUUUACCUCUUGCUGUAAAUUUCCAUUCUUUUCAUUGCAAAAACAGAACCCUGCACACAAAAUGGCUUCACGACAAUCACUCCCCUGCAAGACCGACACAUCCGCCCGCACGCUCGAUGCACCGGCCAAACCCGACAUACCGCAGAGCAGUGCGCUGCUCACAUCGGGCACAGCUACCCGGCAACUGACGUCCCUGGAAAGCGCGUUCUGCGGGGCCACGGCAGGGCUGAUUUCACGGGCACUGAUAGCGCCGUUUGAUGUGAUAAAGAUCACGCUGCAGCUGGAGACCAGGCGUCGGUCGUUUGGGAUCCUGAAGGCAGACGGGGUGGUCGAGUGUGCAAAGCAGAUUAUGCAGCGGGAGGGCGUGCGCGGGUUCUUCAAAGGCAACCUGUCGGCAGAGUAUCUGUACCUGUCGUAUGGUGCAGCUCAGUUUCUUGUAUUUGGGGCAGUCGAGAGGGCGAUGGCGCAGACAAACAUUGUUCCCAAAAAGGCCCGGUCGUUUGUGGGCGGGGCGCUGGCGGCAGGCAUUGCCACAACGAUGACAUAUCCGUUUGAUCUGCUACGUACGCGGUUCGUCGCGCAGAGCAUGGAUCGCCGCAUAUACACGUCGAUUCUGGGGGCGGUGCGCAAGAUCCACGCAGAGGAAGGAGUGCGUGGGUUCUACCGCGGGCUGUGGCCGGCAUGUCUGCAGAUCAUGCCGUACAUGGGUGCGGUGUUUACCAGCUACGACAUGCUGGCGACCGGGUAUCGGUACCUAAGGCGUAGCGUCCUGGUGUCGUCGUCGCCGGUGCUACAGGGCCUGGACGCAAUGCAGGACGCGGUCUUGGGCGGCACUGCGGCGGUUAUCAGCAAAACGUUUGUGUAUCCGCUGGACCUCGUGCGCAAGCGCCUGCAGGUGCAGGGCACGCAGCAGUUCACGAAGAGCGCGCUGCCAGAGUAUACAGGGAUGACGCAUGCGCUGGUCAGCAUUGCCCGGACCGAGGGCGUGCUGGCGCUGUUCCGUGGGCUGACGCCGGCGCUGGUCAAGGCAGCCCCGGCGUCGGCGGCGGUAUUCUUUGUGUUUGGGUGGACGCGGGAUGUGGUGCUGGGAGUCAAGCCUUACUGAAAGCAUCAUGCUGUCCAAUCGCCCGCCACCCCCAGCCAUGCACAAAAUAGAAAUAUCCGUUAGUACCAUCUUUACC